AUGCCUCUAGAACAAGAUAUCAGAGGAGCCCCCUACCAAGAGAUUUGCAUGUUGUCUGCAGAAACUAUGGUUCUGGUUCUCCAAAGACUGAAUGAAAUCCUCACCAAAAUAGUUAACACUGAGAAACAAUUGGAUACUAGCUCCUCCCCUUUAAAUGCCCAAGGGCUUAAAAGGAUGAUAAGAAAUGACUUUGUUAACAACUCACCAACUCAAUCUAUGGAUGAAGUGAGGUCCUGUCAAGUCUUGCAAACAAACCAGAUAAUGCUUGAGAUUCACCGAUACACUCAUAGGUGGAUGAACCGCAGACAAAUUACUAUGUCCUUGUCUCAGCUCCUGAAUGACCAUUACCGAAAUGUAGAUCUAGAAAAUUUCCACUUCCUGCCUACCGUGAGAAACACAACGCGCCUAUUUAUGACCUUUAGGUCAUCAGCCCUCCCAUCUCAACUCAUGGAAAUAAAGGAUACUCUAUGGUGGUUCCAUUCUCUCCGCCCAGUGAGGAUAUUUAAGGACAAAACAAGGAGGCAAUUGGUCCCUUACAUAGAGUCAAAGCUAAUGCGGAUAAGGGAAACCAAGCUCAACACUAGAAACACUAAUUGCCCGAAGGAAAAAAAGAACUCUGUAAGCCUAGAAUUACAAGACCUGAAGAAGAGGCUAAUGAGUAUAAAGACUGAGAUUUCUACCUUAAAUAUAAAGACAGUAGUGCCUAGAGCACAAUAUUUAAAGACGUCCAACAGCUCUUUAUCCUGUAGAAAGACAUCAGUGCAACUCCCUGUUCCCUUUUCAAACGACACCGAAUUAAAUGAGGAAUUUGGCACCUCCGACAUUUCUAUGGCAACAACACCUAAAGAACUCUAUGUUGCUGACAAUCUGGAGAUAUCCAGCACCAAAUCUACACCUGGACCUUUGCCUAAUGUUCCAAAAACUUAUCAGAAUGAUCAACCUUCUCUACUGUACUCCUGGCGAGACAGGAUGGACAGAUCUUCCGAAGCUGGCUCUUUGUUGGCCAGUGAUCCACAUUUCAUAGCGCAUACCUCAUUAAUACUCCCACAGCCACAGAUAGAACCAACCAAUCCUCCAAUCAACCCAGGAGGGAGAGGGGGAUUGACAGUUAACGAAACACCAUGA